AUGAUAUCCGAUCUUCCAAGGGAUUUGGCGGAGGAGGUGCUCUCAAGGCUUCCGGUGACAUCUCUAAGAGGAGUCCGAUUUACCUGCAAAAAGUGGAACAGUUUAACGAAAAAGCGGAGCUUUACAAAGAAGCACAACCGUGAAGCAGCAGCAGCAAAGAAUAAGCAGAGGACGGAGUUUCAAGUGGUCAUGUUGCUCGAAGAUAAGUGGAUCCAACCCAGAAAUUCUUACAACAGAUUCGACAGGUACGCUCUGGGGUACGAGAGGAAGAACAGCUACUCGCUCCGUGGCUACAAAGUGUUGAGAUUUAUGGAUGAUUACGACUCGAGAGUGAAGCAACGAAUCACUGAGUUUGAAAUCUACAGUUUAGACUCUGAUUCGUGGAAGGUUGUUCAUGUGAAUCCGGACUGGGAUAUUGAGUAUUUCAGCGUGGCGUGUCUCUCAAGGGAAACACCUACUGGUAUGCUCAAGAGAAGUUUCUUAAUUGGUGGGAGUUUCUUCGUUGACGAGAAGAAGAAGGUCGCGGUGGUUCUCGAUAUAGACAGAGGUAAAUCUUGCCCCACACGUAACACGGCUUACAUGAUUGGCGAAAAUGAUUACUUCAAAAAAGUGGAUCUCGGAGGAUCUGUGGAUCUCGGCCGUUGUUGGCCACUUGUGUGCUCUUAUGUUCCAAGCUCAGUGCAAAUCAAGCAAGCUUCACCACCAAGCAACAAGAAGAACACACCCUAA